AUGCGUCGGUCGCUCUUUUCGGCAUCGUGUUUUUCACUGCUUUCCGUUUUCGUCUCUGCGUCUGCCUUGACUACCCUGCCACUGAAGUCGCGAGAUUGCACCUGCUCCUCUGCUGGCGCCACCAGAGAGAGCUUCUUGCUCCAGAUCCUCACCAACUCCCCUGAGUAUGGUAUUUUCGAGGUUGCGCCCAGCACAGGACCGCUUACCGUCGGGAUCAUUGGCGCGGGCGCAGCAGGUCUAUACGCGGCCAUGAUCCUCGAAAGUCUCGGCAUAGAUUACGAGGUCUUGGAAAGCAGCCAGAGAAUCGGUGGAAGGAUCUUCACAUAUCGCUUCGAUGAGGCGACGUGGAAAAAGAGCAAGCCUGGGGAGCCGGGCUACUACAACUACUAUGACGUUGGGGCUAUGCGAUUCCCGGGUAUGCCCUGGAUGCACCGUGUGAUCGGCGGCGAGUAUCGACUCUACAACAACCGUUUGCUGUAUAAUCAGGACGCCCCGACUGCUGAUGCGUUCGAUGUCGAGACGUCGGACGGGGGACCGAUACGUAACGACGAUAAGUUGGCCACGACGGCUGCUGGGGUAGUCCUGGACGAAGCCUUGCAGGAUCUGAUCGACGUCUUCAGCACCAGUGGAUUCGACGCGGGCUUCGAUCACCUCAUGCAGUACGAUGGGGUCUCGCUUCGACAAUACUUACUGAGCAAAAAUUAUACAACUCAAGAUGUGGACUGGAUGGAGACUCUCACUGAUGCGACUACUCACAUGGACACCUACUCACUCUCUCAAGCCGUUCUCGAGCAAUGGAUCUUCAACAGCGCGCCACUCGACUCAUGGACAGCCAUCGAGGGAGGCAUGGACCGUCUCACGCACGGCAUGACCCAAACCCUGAAAAACAAGCCAAUCCUCGGCAAGCGUGUCACCACUCUCAUGGGUUACCCCAACAAAACAGUCACUGUCGCCAUCUCGGACGGAGACUUGCGCACAUACGCGCACAUCAUCAACACCGUCCCCCUCGGGGUGAUGCAAAACAUGGACAUGUCGACCCUCGACCUCGACUACAACAAGACCUUCGCCAUUCGCAAACUGCAAUACGACCCCGCCGGCAAGAUUGGCAUGACAUUCAAGACUCGUUGGUGGGAAACACCUCAAGGUGAAUCGAACAAAGGCUUCCAAGGCGGACAGUCUUACUCCGACCUCUCCAUUCGCCGCUGCGUCUACCCCUCCUAUGGCCUCAAUACCCCCAACGCCUCCGCCGCCAUGAUCGCGUCCUACACUUGGGGCCAAGACUCCGCUCGCUUGGGCGCAUACUACCACACUGACAGCGACCGUGCGUACAUUGCGAAUGUCACCAUCCGCCAGCUCGCGGCCAUGAACAACGUGACCGAAUCCUUCCUGCACGAGCAGCUGGUGGACAUGCAUUUGUGGGAUUGGUACGCGCAUAGCGACAGCGCAGGUGCAUUCGCGAUCUUUGGGCCGGGGGAGUUUAGUACGGUGAUGCCGAGUCUGAUGAAGCCUGGGUACCUUGGAAGGGUGCAUUUUGCGGGGGAGGCGUUAAGCAGUCGGCAUGCGUGGAUUAUUGGGCGGUGA